GUUAAAGACAAUUGUUUCAUAAGGUGCUGGUGUUUUCUUUUCAGCUACUAUAAGAAUGAAGAGCAAGAGUCCAUACAUUCCAUCACAGAUUCUGAACUGCCAAGGAGGGAAAAGGAGAAUGAACAACACAAUGGUGGAAGAGAAGGAAGAUGUGAUCAAUGGAAAAGAAGUUAUACCCCUUCUCACCCCAUUCAAGAUGGGAAAAUUCAAUCUUUCUCACAGAAUUGUUCUGGCACCAUUAACAAGAACAAGAUCUUACAACUUCGUGGCUCAGCCUCAUGCUGCUCUCUAUUAUUCUCAAAGAACAACAAAAGGUGGACUUUUGAUUGGAGAAGCCUCAGGGGUGUCAGAAACUGCACAAGGGUACCCAAAUACACCAGGCAUUUGGACAAGAGAACAAGUGGAAGCAUGGAAACCAAUUGUGAGAGCUGUUCACGAGAAAGGGGGUAUAUUCUUUUGCCAACUUUGGCAUGCUGGAAGAGUCUCCAACUAUGCGUAUCAGCCAAAUGGACAACCUCCAAUUUCAAGCACAAACAAGGCAAUUGAAGGUAGCAACACCAAAUAUCCCUCUCCACAUCGUCUCAGAACAGAUGAAAUACCUAUGAUUGCCAAUGACUUCAGAAUGGCAGCCAAAAAUGCUAUAGAAGCUGGCUUUGAUGGUGUGGAGAUACAUGGAGCCAAUGGAUACUUACUCGACCAGUUCCUAAAAGACCAUGUGAACGACAGAGACGAUGAAUUUGGAGGUAGUUUAGAAAAUCGUUGUCGAUUUCCACUGAUGGUCGUGGAGGCAAUAAUUAACGAGGUUGGAUCAGACAGAGUUGGUGUUAGACUCUCUCCUUUUGCUAACUACUGUGAUUGCAAAGACUCUGAUCCUCAAGCACUUGGCAUUUACAUGGCUCAAUCCUUAAGAAAAUUGGACAUUCUUUACUGUCAUGUCAUCGAACCCAGG